AUGAAAGCAAAAGGAACUAAGAAACAAAUUGUAGAGAAGAAGAAUGUUUUCUUUACUAAAACUGGGCUUGAUGCAGAUUUUGUAACAACACUCUCUGACCAUAUCUUUAUGUUUUUAUUAAAUAAAGGGGGAGCUACAGUUAUUGAAACUUAUGAUUAUGUUAGAGAGUCAGGGAUAUCGAAUGUAGACAUUAAGAAAGAAGAAAUUUUAUCAUUACUUGAACGAUUAGUUUAUCUUGGGAACGCAGAAGUUUCUGUUGCAAAAAAUAGUAAUAGUAGUUUAUAUGGUUCAAAAGUGUUUAAACCAGUAAAAUUUAUGGUAGGAAGAUGUCCAUUAUCUGAAGUUCCUUGUUAUAAUUGCCCAUAUUCAUCAAUUUGUUCACCAACAAAUGUAUCAUGUAAUCCAAGAAAUUGUAAAGCUUUUGUUGAUUUAUUAAAAGUACCAGACGACCUAUAG